CGGCGCAUCUCCCCGCCGCCCGCGCACCUCUCCGCGCGCUCCCCGUCUCGCCACUCCGGCCCUCGGCUGCGCUCGGCUCCCGCCGGCCCGACAGGGAGGAGCCCAUGGCCCGGCCGGGCCCCACUGCCGUCUCUGUGCUGGUGCUCACCCUUCUGGUGCUCCUGGAGCUGACCCCUGCUGGCUCCCUGGGACCCGGAACCCCUGCUCGGAACCGCCCCAAAAAUCACAUCGACCUGCCCAGCCCGGCACUGUGGACACCGCAGACUGGCCACCACCGCAGGAGGGGCCUGGGCAAGAAGGAGCGGGGGCCGGGCAGACCCAGCCGGGCCCAUGAUGGCGCUCUGGUCACCACCACCAGGCAGGCCUCCAGGCUGUCUGGGGCAGGGGAGCUGUUGCCUGGGCAGAGGCCUGCCGGCCUGCUGCAGGAGAAGGACCUGCUCCUGGGGCUGGCGCUGCCCUACCCGGAGAAGGAGAGCCAGGCCCCAGGGACACAGAAGGCCAGGAAACGCGGCCGGGAGCACCGGAGACGCAGGGAGAGGCUGAAACUGAACCGAGGGCGAGUGCCCGUGCGGGGCCCCAGCUCCCUGAUGCAGAAGGCGGAGCCCCCAGAAGCCCGGGCUGGGGACGGCGCCCCGGAGGACUCCUCCACCAGCCUGGCGCCCACCAUGCUCUACCUGACCACCGCGGACGCAGCCCCCACCACCGAAGGGUCCCUGGUACUGCCCGUCACAGCCCUGUGGCCACAGGCCCAGCCCCGGCCCGACGGGGAGGUGAUGCCCACGCUGGACAUGGCGCUGUUCGACUGGACGGACUACGAGGACCUGAAGCUCGCGGCCUGGCCCCCCGCGGGGCGGAGAGAGAGACACCGGGGGAAGCUGUCGGGUGACGGCAAUGAGACCUCGCCGGCUGCAGGGGGGACGUGCCGCCACCACCAAGACUGCCUGCCAGGGUCCUGUUGUGACCUCCGGGAGCAUCACUGCGACCCGCAGAACCGAGGCCUCAACAACAAAUGCUUUGACGACUGCAUGUGCGCGGAAGGGCUGCGCUGCUACGCCAAGUUCCACCGGAACCGUAGGGUGACCCGGAGGAAGGGGCGCUGCGUGGAGCCCGACACGGCCGACGGCGACCAGGGCUCCUUCAUCAACGUCUAGCGGCCCGGCGGGCGCCUGGGGCAUCAGCAGGGGCCUGCGACGGGUGUGGAGACCCCGGGACAUUGGCUCCUGCUUUAGCAGGGGCAGCCCCCAGCGGACCGCGGCAAGCGCGCCCUCUGCUGUCCGAGCGCGGCGCUGCAGCCGCUUCCCCUGGAAACGCGCGAGUUUGCCCGGGCAAGAACCGGGAUUCCCUCGAGAUGCGAAGGGGGAAGCCAAGGGCGGGACCCAUGAAGCGAGGCAGCUCCUCGGUGCUGAAUGUGAAACCGGCACCAUCUCGUCUGGUCACCCCCGUUGCCUUUCAAGAAGGCGUUGCUACCAUCUUACGGGGGAGGAAACUGAGGCACGGCUGAUCCUGAGACUGAGAAGGAGGCUCCCAGCUACGGUAGUGCAUCCUGCAUUCGGACUCUGGGGAGGGCUCCCAGCGCGGAGCGAGCACUGAGCCUGAGCAGGCACCGGGCUCGCCCACACCCUCCCCUGGGACCUCCCUGCCUUGCCCGGGGACCCCUCUUGCCCCUGCAGGCUGCGCUGUCCUCCCUCCCCUGCACACAGCGGCCUCAGAGAACAUGAUGAAAAUGUGUGACGCACAACUGCAUGCGUCGGGCAUGAGUUGGGGACAAGGACACGGGCACUCUGGGAAUUGACUCUGAUGGGGGCCAACGUGGGGGGGGCUCCCCCAGGGGACGUGGCCUGGCUCACCCCAGGGGUUCCCUUGCAGAACCUAGGGACUGAACCGUGCCCACCGUCCCUCGGUACCCCCUUUUGUCGUGUGUCGUGGAUGCCCUGGCCCCCAAGACCGGCCCGGGACUCGCACCCUCCGGGGCACAGUGGACUCCCCCGAGGGAGCUGGGCAUCCCGGAAGUGAAGGUGAAGGUGCUGUCUCGGGUUAACUGCCCCCCAGCACAGUCCCGACUGCUCCCUCCUGCUCACGGCCCGCCGGCCAGAAGCCGCCCGCUCCCACUCCUCAGCCUGCCGUCCCGGAGGACACCAGGACAUUGACUCCACCGGGAAAUCUGAGCAGGUCAGGGGUCUGGCACCAGGGGACGUCGCCAGAUCGAGGAGAAAUCAAAUAGGCUUGUCUGCCCUCCUCGGCACUCCAGGCUCCGUGCGCCCGGAAUCUGGGGGCGGGGGGGACGGGAGAUGGGAAGAGAUCCAGGCCGGCUGCGUGGAAGGCGCACGUGAGCGCUGAGACAGACGGCCGCCCCGUAGAGCCGGUCACGGGACCCCAGAGUCGGGGCUCGGGGCAGGGACCCGCGUGGCUGUGAGGGGGUGACGGCUGGCCCAGGAAACCCACAGCAGGAAACAGCCCCGGGUUCAAGGGCGAGGCCCGGAAAUGGCCCAGCUGGGGGCCCAGGGUGGGGAUGGAGGCGGGAGGAGGCCCGGACGGUUCCUACCUGCCCCUUCGCCACCUUCAGUUUGUGUGUGUGAAGGGGCUGAGUCAAUCCUCGGACCAGGGACCCCCAAAGCCCCCUCACGGCGGAAUCGAACGCUCGGCCCUUCCUUACAUCUUUUUCCUUUUACAAAUAAAACUUUUUAUUAUUG